UCCAAAUAAAUGGCGGUGGUAGAUUGUCACGAAUUAGGAAUAAAUUUAUAAUAAUCAAAUUUUAAUAAUGCCGUAUUGGUAUUACGAUAAAAAAGAUCUACAAAACACACCGUCUUUCCGUGAUGGCAUUACAAACGACGCGGAGAACCGUUACCGUAAGGAGGGCGCGAGGUUUAUCAUCGAUACAGGGUCAAAGAUGGAUCUAGGUUAUAACACUGUGGCCACUGGUGUUGUUUAUUUUCAUAGAUUCUACAUGUUUCAUUCGUUCAGAACCUUCCCGAGAUACAUAACCGCGUGUUGCUGUCUAUUCCUAGCGGGUAAAGUUGAGGAGACGCCAAAGAAAUGCAAGGACAUAAUCAAAGUAGCGAAAUCGUUGUUAAAUGAACAUAAGUUUAGCACAUUCGGUGAGGACCCGAAGGAAGAAGUGAUGACUUUGGAGAGGAUAUUGCUGCAGACGAUUAAAUUCGACCUGCAAGUGGAGCACCCGUACGGGUAUCUGCUGAAAUACGCUAAGUGCCUCAAAGGUGAUAAAACGAAGUUACAGAAAAUGGUGCAGAUGGCAUGGACUUUCGUUAACGACAGUCUUUGCACAACACUGUGCCUUCAAUGGGAACCAGAAGUCAUAGCCGUGGCACUAAUGUUCCUAGCGGGUAAACUGAGUAAGUUUGAAGUGGUUGAUUGGAACGGACGGACGCCCAAACACACUGCCUGGUGGGAUAUGUUCGUUGAGGACAUUACUAUGGAACUACUUGAGGAUAUUUGUCACCAGGUAUUAGAUCUAUACUCGCCACAAACCCAGCCGUCCGGCGGCGACUCACCCACACAGUCAUCUGCCUCAAAGCCGCCAAAAAACGAGAAGAAGGCCUCCGUUACACCGCCCACUUCCGCAUCGCCUGUCGCCGUUACCACUAAACCAGUUGUCACACCCAUUAAAAACGGAUCAGAUGUCAAACUGGAGCCUCCAAAGAUUGAUAUGAGGUUUACCUACCCAGGUUAUCCAGCGAUGCCCGCUUACCCGGUGUAUUCGGCUCCACCCCCUACUAUUCCUGCCCCGAGGCUUCCUAUCCCUGCGGGGCCCCCUCCACCACUAGUAUACCCCGAGCCUCCCCCUGUCCCUCCUACACGUUUCCCCCCGGUUAACGUUCCCCCUCCGAAUUACUUCUCCCCGAUAGCAGCGAGACCCCUACCACCUCGAGGGCCUAUCCCCCCCGGUCCCCCUCCACGACCGUAUUACCCGCCACCGUGAAGGAUAGAUUAAUGUAUAGGUUAUGUUAAAAUUUUUAUACAAAAAAUAUAAAUAAAUAGACUGAA